CGGGCAAUAAUAUAAUGCACCUCUUCAUUUCAAUUUUUUCCCCAAAGCUUCUUCUAUCUUGGGUUUCUCUCUAAAAUCCUAUUCCUCUUGGUUACCCCAACUUUUGAAGAUUUCAAUUUCCAAUCACACAACUUAGUACAUGAAGUUCCCAAUUCCCUGCACAAAUUGCUUCCACUCCUCACCUGGAGAAGCCCCUCAAAGAUUGAGGCAAGAUGGUCAAGAUCAGGAAAAUUUCAGAAUUUUCUCUUGCAAGGAGUUGAAAUCUGCCACUAAUGGCUUCCACGCCUCGAACAAGCUUGGAGAAGGUGGCUUUGGCUCAGUUUUUAAGGGUAAGCUUAAGGAUGGUACUUUUGUGGCUAUAAAGGUGCUCUCCAUCGAACUCGAAUCGAUGCGAGGAGAGAGGGAGUUCAUAGCUGAAUUGGCUGCACUUUCUGUAAUCAGUCAUGAAAAUCUUGUUAAAUUGCGAGGGUGUUGUGUUGAUGGUGUUGCCAGAUAUUUGGUCUAUGAUUACAUGAUAAACAAUAGUCUUGCACACACUUUAUUAGGUGGAGAGCAAAACAGGAUGAAAUUUAGUUGGGAUUUAAGGAGGAGCGUUGCAUUAGGAAUAGCUCGUGGACUUGCCUAUCUGCAUUUCGAGGUUGAACCUCAUAUUCUGCACCGAGACAUUAAGGCGAGUAACAUACUUCUUGAUGAAAACUUCAUGCCAAAGGUUGGAGAUUUUGGCUUAUCGAAGCUGUUAAGAGAAAACCAUUCUCAUAUCAGUACUCGGGUUGCUGGGACAAUGGGUUAUCUUGCUCCAGAAUAUGCUAUUAGCGGACGCUUGACGCGGAAAUCAGAUGUUUACAGCUUUGGAGUUCUGCUGUUGGAGAUUGUCAGCGGCCGUGCAAUUGUGGAUUUUGAUAUGCAACUUGGGGAGCAAUUUCUGGUUCAGAAGGCAUGGGAAUCAUACAAGGCCGACAACCUCCUGCAGCUAGUUGAUCCUACACUUCAUAUGAACUUCCCCAAAGAUGAAGCUCUACGAUUCUUAAAAGUAGGCCUUCUUUGUGUGCAAGAAAUGGCAAGACUCCGGCCACGAAUGACAAGGACUGUUGAGAUGUUGGCGGGUGAGAUUGAAAUGAAAGAUUAUCAGAUUUCACAACCUGGACUUGUUUCUGAUUUUACAAACAUCAAAAUGGAUCAGCAUCAGUCAGGUGAUCAGAGUACUUUCUCCAGGGGCUCCGCAGCUAGUACCAUUCAAACACGUUUUUCAUCUGAGGAGUUCAAGUUAUCCUCGUAAAGAUCAUGUGUGGUUUUUUCUUUUAUGAAGCUGUCCCAGGAAGAUCAUUUCA